AUGCUCCACUUGCAGGGUCCACAGAUGCUGCAGAUGCUAGAAAAAUCCUUGAGGAAGAGCCUUCCUGAGUCCUUAAAGGUUUAUGGGACCAUCUUCCACAUGAACCAGGGAAAUCCUUUUAAGCUGAAGGCUCUGGUGGACAAGUGGCCUGAUUUUAAUACAGUAGUUGUCCGCCCUCAGGAGCAGGAGAUGGUAGAUGACCUUGAUCACUACACCAAUACUUACCAAAUCUACUCCAAAGACCCCAAGAAUUGUCAUCAAUUCCUUGGCUCACCAAGAGUCAUCAACUGGAAACAACAUUUGCAGAUUCAAAGUUCACAGUCCAACUUGAAUGAGGUGAUAGAAAAUCUUGUAGCUGUAAAGCACAGUCAGGUAAAGCGAACACAAUGCUUCCUCUAUAUGAACCUUCUGACAGCAAAGAAAUUGGCUCCUUCCCUGCUGAAUGCAAAGAAGUUACUGCCAAGUGAGAGCACACAUGAUUCCAUCAACCAAGAGAUGUUUAAAUUCUCAUCCCUGGAUGUCACACAUGCUGCCCUGGUGAAUAAAUUCUGGCAUUUUGGCGGCAAUGAGAGGAGCCAGAGAUUCAUUGAGCACUGUAUCCAGACCUUUCCCUCCUUCUGUCUGUUGGGACCCGAGGGGACCCCUGUGUCCUGGACCAUGAUGGAUCAGACAGGAGAGCUGCGGAUGGCAGGCACUGUGCCUGAGUACCGAGGACACCAUCUCAUUUAUCAUGUCAUCUGUGCCCAGAUCCAGGCUCUGGGGAAACUUGGCUUCCCCUUGUAUUCCCAUGUGGAUAAAGCCAACCACAUCAUGCAAAGAAUGUGCUUCAAAAUCCAGAGUUUCCGUAUGCCCUGUGACUGGAACCAGUGGCAAUGUGUGCCUCUGUGA